GUGCGCCAGUGUGCGGAUGUCAUGAUGUGCAAGCUGGACCCAUACGUUCCACAAACUUCAAAGAGAGGAUACGCAGAGUUAAACAUUUAGAACUAUCGCCACCUCGUCGGUUUUCACUUUGGUUCCAGUUCUUGUCUUGGGUUUUAAUUUUCCGAUCGACUGUUAAUACAAGUGCCAGGUUUAUUGUCCUUAUUCCAACUGAGUUUUUUCACGUGGUGUCCAGUUGGGAUUGCGCGUGGGGGAGCGGGACACAACUGUCACGGACUGUAAUCGGUGUCUCGCGCUGUCAAAGACAUGCCGGCUGGGUUUCAACAGCUCGGAGGGGAGGUAAUGUCAACAACAGUCGUUUUUAUAAGAAAAUAGUUGAUUUGCAAUAAGUAAAUUGCAAUGAAAUAUUUUCAUGCGCACUAACACUGAGUAGCCUAUGAUGGAUGGAGUAGAAUUUACGCACAGGUUGCUAUUGACACUGAUUUUCGGUAGCCUAGCCCAUGUCUCUGCAUAAUGUGUUAUUGAAAAUGUAUAUUUUGUUGUUUAAAACAUUUUUCUACGACUGUAAAAGCAUAAUUAUCCAUGUAUCUAUUUAUCAAAUUAUCAAUUUAUUGUUUAUAUUGUCUAAUCCAACUUUUAGGCUCUCAUUAGGAAAAAGAAAAAUCGAUCAUGCACUCUUAUCCUAAUAUUGAUUUUUUUCUAAGUAUUUCUCUUGAUCUGUUUAUUCUCGUCCUCCUCUCACUUCCCUAUCUCAGGUGAGUGAUGUCUCUUCCUCACCUGACAAAAUGACUGGUCUGCCACUGUUGGUUGUGGCAUUGAAUCCCACUGGGCACACACUGGUUGAAUCAACGUUGCUUCCAUGUAAUGUCAAUGAAAUUACGUUGAAUCAACGUGGAAUAGAAGUUGAAUUGACGCCUGUACCCAGUGGGAUGGUAUCAUAGCCAUAGCCAACAUUACGAAAAUAAUGUUUUGAGAAUGAAAAACGUCUUUCAAAGAAUACAAUGCUUACUCCAUCCAAGCAAAUUGGUCACUAAUACCACUUAGCAGCUGCAGAAUCUUGUGAUCUAUGACGUGGUUCGCAACAACAUGGUUGAACAAAAUAAGGACAGAGCAACUGCUGUGAGCGAGCCAUUUGACCUUGAUCAGCAGAGAGACCAGCAUGCUUACUGGUCAGGGCUGAGAUGAAUAUGGGUUGGUUGGUAGGUCACCCAGUACAACUUGUACCUUGUUCCUUACCACAGCUGAUGCCAACACAGUCACUGACACUUUAAUUCAAAAUCAUUCUUCUUAGAAUUACUAUGAUUUCAGCAUCCUUGAGGUAUUCUUUCUUGUCAUGAUUGGUUGCACAAUAGCAAAAGAUAAACACAUCACCAAACUGUUGUAACAAAAUGCCGGUACGUUUAAAUUGGUUGCUGAUGACAGACUCUGAGACAGUUAGAAACAAUAUUAUCUUGCCUUGACCUCAACUCUGUCCCAUUUUUUUCUGUCUUUCCCAAUAUGUUAUUCAUAUGUAGGCUACAGUUGAAAUGUUGUGAAGCACGUUCUGUGAAGUGAAAUAGAGUGUGACUCUUGCCUUUAGACUGGACAUGUUUUCUUUGUUGUACGAUGUGGGACGCACACACACACACACACACACACACACACACACACACACACACUUUCCCUUUGUUUAAGCUUUAUUUGGACAAAACACAGCUUAUCUGGAGACUCAACACAGCAAGGUCACAGACACAACCUGACACAAACUCAACCAGGUGUAUAAUACACAUUGGGACAUUUAUUAAUGAACCAUUCUACCAUGUCUCAGAAUAGAAUAGUAUGGACCAGAACAUAAUGGAUAGAAUAUAAUAUUGUAGAAUAGAACUACAGUGGGGAGAACAAGUAUUUGAUACACUGCCGAUUUUGCAGGUUUUCCUACUUACAAAGCAUGUAGAGGUCUGUAAUUUUUAUCAUAGGUACUCUUCAACUGUGAGAGACGGAUUCUAAAACAAAAAUCCAGAAAAUCACAUUGUAUGAUUUUUAAGUAAUUAAUUUGCAUUUUAUUGCAUGACAUAAGUAUUUGAUACAUCAGAAAAGCAGAACUUAAUAUUUGGUACAGAAACCUUUGUUUGCAAUUACAGAGAUCAUAAGUUUCCUGUAGGUCUUGACCAGGUUUGCACACACUGCAGCAGGGAUUUUGGCCCACUCCUCCAUACAGACCUUCUACAGAUCCUUCAGGUUUCGGGGCUGUCGCUGGGCAAUACAGACUUUCAGCUCCCUCCAAAGAUGUUCUAUUGGGUUCAGGUCUGGAGACUGGCUAGGCCACUCCAGGACCUUGAGAUGCUUCUUACGGAGCCACUCCUUAGUUGCCCUGGCUGUGUGUUUCGGGUCGUUGUCAUGCUGGAAGACCCAGCCACGACCCAUCUUCAAUGCUCUUACUGAGGGAAGGAGGUUGUUGGCCAAGAUCUCGCGAUACAUGUCCCCAUCCAUCCUCCCCUCAAUACGGUGCAGUCGUCCUGUCCCCUUUGCAGAAAAGCAUCCCCAAAGAAUGAUGUUUCCACCUCCAUGCUUCACGGUUGGGAUGGUGUUUCUUGGGGUUGUACUCAUCCUUCUUCUCCCUCCAAACAAGGCGAGUGGAGUUUAGACCAAAAAGCUCUAUUUUUGUCUCAUCAGACCACAUUACCUUCUCCCAUUCCUCCUCUGGAUCAUCCAGAUGGUUAUUGGCAAACUUCAGACGGGCCUGGACAUGCACUGGCUAGAGCAGGGGGACCUUGCAUGCGCUGCAGGAUUUUAAUCCAUGACGGCGUAGUGUGUUACUAAUGGUUUUCUUUGAGACUGUGGUCCCAGCUCUCUUCAGGUCAUUGACCAGAUCCUGCCGUGUAGUUCUGGGCUGAUCCCUCACCUUCCUCAUGAUCAUUGAUGCCCCACGAGGUGACAUCUUGCAUGGAGCCCCAGACCGAGGGUGAUUGACCGUCAUCUUGAACUUCUUCUAUUUUCUAAAAAUUGCGCCAACAGUUGUUGCCUUCUCACCAAGCUGCUUGCCUAUUGUCCUGUAGCCCAUCCCAGCCUUGUGCAGGUCUACAAUUUUAUCCCUGAUGUCCUUACACAGCUCUCUGGUCUUGGCCAUUGUGGAGAGGUUGGAGUCUGUUUGAUUGAGUGUGUGGACAGGUGUCUUUUAUACAGUUAACGAGUUCAAACAGGUGCAGUUAAUACAGGCAAUGAGUGGAGAACAGGAGGGCUUCUUAAAGAAAAACUAACAGGUCUGUGAGAGCCGGAAUUCUUACUGGUUGGUGGUUGAUCAAAUACUAAUGUCAUGCAUUAAAAUGCAAAUUAAUUACUUAAAAAUCAUACAAUGUGAUUUUCUGGAUUUUUGUUUUAGAUUCCGUCUCUCACAGUUGAAGUGUACCUAUGAUAAAAAUUACAGACCUCUACAUGCUUUGUAAGUAGGAAAACCUGCAAAAUCGGCAGUGUAUCAAAUACUUGUUCUCCCCACUGUAUGUCCUCCGAGGGGAACUGCUUUGCACAGUCUUGUUUACUUGAAACAAAACAGUAAACACAUGUACACUACCGGUCAAAAGUUUUGGAGCACCUACUCAUUCAAGGGUUUUUCUUUAUUUUUUACUAUUUUCUACAUUGUAGAAUAAUAGUGAAGACAUCAAAAUGAUGAAAUAACGCAUAUGGAAUCAUGUAGUAGCCAAAAAAGUGUUAAACAAAUCAAAAUAUAUUUUAUAUUUGAGAUUAUUCAAAGUAGCUCCCUUUGCCUUGAUGACAGCUUUGCACACUCUUGGCAUUCUCUCAACCAGCUUCACCUGGAAUGCUUUUCCAACAGUCUUGAAGGAGUUCCCACAUAUGCUGAGCACUUGUUGACUGCUUUUCCUUCACUCUGCGGUCCGACUCAUCCCAAACCAUCUCAAUUUGGUUGAGGUCGGGGGAUUGUGGAGGCCAGGUCAUCUGAUGCAGCACUCCAUCACUCUCCUUCUUGGUAAAAUAGCCCUUACACAGCCUGGAGGUGUGUUGGGUCAUUGUCCUGUUGAAAAACAAAUGAUAGUCCCACUAAGCGCAAACCAGAUGGGAUGGCGUAUAGGUGCGGAAUGCUGUGGUAGCCAUGCUGGUUAAGUGUGCCUUGAAUUCUAAAUAAAUCACAGACAGUGUCACCAGCAAAGCACCCCCACACCAUAACACCUCCUCCUCCAUGCUUUACAGUGGGAAAUACACAUAAAGAGAUUCUCCGUUCACCCACACCGCAUCUCUCAAAGCCACGGCGGUUGGAACUAAAAAUCUCAAAUUUGGACUCCAGACCAAAGGACAGAUUUCCACCGGUCUAACGUCAAUUGCUCAUGUUUCUUGGCCCAAGCAAGUCUCAUUUUCUUUUUGGUGUCCUUUAGUAGUGGUUUCUUUGCAGCAAUUCAACCAUGAAGGCCUGAUUCACACAGUCUCCUCUGAACUGCUGAUGUUGAGAUGUGUCUGUUACUUGAACUCUGUGAAGCAUUUAUUUGGGCUGCAAUUUCUGAGGCUGGUAACUCUAAUGAACUUAUCCUCUGCAGCAGAGGUAAAUCUGGGUCUUCCAUUCCUGUGGCGGUCCUCAUGAGAGCUGGUUUCAUCAUAGCGCUUGAUGGUUUUUGCGACUGCACUUGAAGAAACAUUCAAAGUUCUUGAAAUGUUCCGUAUUGACUGACCUUCAUGUCAUAAAGUAAUGAUGGACUGUCGUUUCUCUUUGCUUAUUUGAGCUGUUCUUGCCAUAAUAUGGACUUGGUCUUUUACCAAAUAGGGCUAUCAUCUUUAUACCACCCCUAACUUGUCAUAACACAACUGAUUGGCUCAAACGCAUUAAGAAGGAAAUAAAUUCCACAAAUUAACUUUUAACAAGGCACAAAUGUUAAUUGAAAUGCAUUCCAGGUGACUACCUCAUGAAGCUGGUUGAGAGAAUGUCAAGAGUGUGCAAAGCCCUCAUCAAGGCAAACAGUGGCUACUAAAGAAGAAUCUCAAAUAUAAAAUAUAUUUUGAUUUGUUUAACACUUUUUUGGUUACUACAUGAUUCCAUAUGUGUUAUUUCAUAGUUUUGAUGUCUUCACUAUUAUUUUACAAUGAAACUUUUGACCGGUAGUGUAUAUGUUUUUAUUAAUAUCAUAACAUAUUGAUAACAUUUUUGGAGAAGAAACCUGUCAACCCUAUCUUGUUAUGAUCGGACUAAGUAACGGUGCAUUACAGCCCAUGUUUAACUAAUGUAAACUCAGAGGUAUGUUAUGAAGGCUUCUGGAGCCAGUCAGCAUUCUGUGUUGAAGGUAAACAGAUGUAAACAGUACGAAAGCCUGGUCAGUCUCUCCCUGAGCCCCUAGCCGUCAGUCACUGGGCAACAGGUGCCUGUGAGAUGAUGGGACCUAUGUGGAACUAAGCGUUCAGCCACCCAAUCACACGAUACACAGUAAAGUCCUGGACACAGCUACAAAGAUCCUUUCUCAAUUAGUAUCACAGUUAUAUAUAGUGGAUAUUAGAGAGGCUGUUGCGUGUGUGUCUGGGGGGGUGUGGGGUCUGUUUGUGCGUGUGCGUGUCUGCAUGUCUGCGUGUGUGUGUAGUGCUUGCCUUUGCUAAGACAGGAGAGUUCCAAAAUAUAGAAGCUUGUUAACAGUCUAGACCAUGGUCAUCUUACAACAGGUGUUUCAUCAUUGUUUGUGUAUGGACAUGACAUGACCUUUCUAGAUGGUCCAUCCUCUCUAUAUCCUUCACUCAAUCCCACAGUCCUCGCGUCUCUUUAUGAACAACCACACAAUUCCAUCAUUGUAACAGUGAGGUGUUGUGUUCUUGUGUGUGUCCACUACAGACAGUGACCGGAACCCUUGCUCUCUCAGUGUUCACCGCUGUAUUGGGCUCCUUUCAGUUUGGAUACAACAUAGGUGUCAUCAAUGCUCCUCAGAAGGUAAGACCGACUUGCAUUCAUUAACCAGAGCUAUUGAUACAGAGUUUUGCAAAAUGAGAUUUAGAAUUUCUAUAGAUGCCAUGUUUGCACCAAAAGUGUUAUCGUCAUGAAAAAUGGGUCUGCAAACAUAGAUGCUAGUGCCAGAACCAGUUGCAUGCUUAAGUGUAAUACAUUUCAAAACCAGGUGAGAUGGUUAAGCAUCUCAAUAACUUUAAACAUUGAAUUGUUCAAUGUGUUGUCUCACAUUUCAUUUCACACACUGACAGGUGAGUGUGGCUGCAAAACUACCUGAGACAGGUUUAAAGGAUCUGAAUGAUUUGAGCGAUGUAGAAUCUGAGAGGGGCAUGUGAGGGAAUAGAGUGAGUUGGCAUUUACACAGAUGUCCCCUUGAUUCCACCCAGCUAAGCUCGGUCUUCAACGUUUCAACUGAUAAAGGGCAGCGACUGAAAACAGCUCUCUGUGCUCUCUGAGUGAGUCAUCACAGAGAGAUGCUGUUGAAGAGCUGACCUGGGAAUUAAUACCUCUAGGAUGACCUUUUCUAAAACCGAUUAUUGUUGUUGUUUUCUCUAAGGACCAGGUACACUACAUGACCAAAAGUAUGUGGACACCUGCUCGCAGAACAUCUCAUUCCAAAAUCAUGGGCAUUAAUAUGGAGUUGGUACCCCCUUUUCUGCUAUAACAGCCUCCACUCUUCUGGGAAGGCUUUCCACUAGAUGUUGGAACAUUGCUGCGGGGACUUGCUUCCAUUCAGCCACAAGAUCAUUAGUGAGGUUGGGCACUGAUGUUGGGCGAUUAAGCCUGGCUCGCGGUCAGCGUUGCAAUUCAUCCCAAAGGUGUUCGAUGGGGUUGAGGUCAGGGCUCUGUGCAUGCCAGUCAAGUUCUUCCACACCGAUCUUGACAAACCAUUUCUGUAUGGACCUUGCUUUGUGCACAGGGGCAUUGUCAUGCUGAAACAGGAAAGGGUUUUCCCCAAACUGUUGCCACAAAGUUGGAAGCACAGAAUCGUCUAGAAUGUCAUUGUAUGCUGUAGCGUUAAGAUUUCCCUUCACUGGAACUAAGGGGCCUAGCCCGAACCAUGAAAAACAGCCCCAGACCAUUAUUCUUCCUCCACCAAACUUUACAGUUGGCACUGUGUAUUGGGGCAGGUAACGUUCUCCUGGCAUCCGCCAAACCCAGACUCGUCCGUCGGACUGCCAGAUGGUGAAGCGUGAUUCAUCACUACAGAGAAUGCGUUUCCACUGCUCCAGAGUCCAAUGGCGGCGAGCUUUACACCACUCCAGCCGACGCUUGGCAUUGCGCAUGGUGAUCUUAGACUUCUGUGAGCUUGUGUGGCCUACCAUUUCGCGGCUGAGCCGUUGUUGCUCCUAGACAUUUCCACUUCACAAUAACAGCACUUAUAGUUGACUGGGGCAGCUUUAACAGGGCAGAAAUUUGACGAACUGACUUGUUGGGAAGGUGGCAUCCUAUGACGGUGCCACGUUGAAAGUCACUGAGCUCUUCAGUAAGGUCAUUCUACUGCCAAUGUUUGUCUAUGGAGAUUGUAUAGCUGUGUGCUCGAUUUUAUACACCUGUCAGCAACGGGUGUGGCUGAAAUAGCCGAAUCCACUAAUUUGAAGGGGCGUCCACAUACUUUUGUAUAUAUAGUGUAUUUGUCCACCAAGUACAGUCUAUGGGACGGUUUCCUGGACACAGAUUAAGACUAGUCCUGGACUAAAAAACAUUCUCAAUGGAGUUCUCCAUUGAAAGCUAUUUUUAGUCCAGGACUAAACCUAAUCUGUGUUUUAAAAGCAACAUGCUAAUUUUAGUGCAAACAAUUACAAAUUGAAACUUGGUCGAUGACUCGACAUGUCAAUAGUUGAGGGGGGAUAGAAGAUAGAAGCCAUUGAGGGAUUUAGAAGAGAGAGAGAGGGAAAGGGGGAUGUAUUCUUAGAGAAUAGGAGAUGGAUACAGAGAGAGCGAGGAAGAAAUCGAUUGGAUGCAAGAGAGGGAAAGAGCAGAAAGAGAGAGGGGUGGCCAGGGGAACAUCUGAGUAAUGUCAACACGAGGGGGUGUGUGCACAACAUGCCGCAUGACAAAACACACAGCGUUGCCAGAAAUGCCCCCCCCUCCUCACCCCUCCACCCCUCACCCAUCCACAAGCCUUCACAGUUCACACAUCUAUCCCCUCACUCCUCUACCCCCCCCCCCCAUCUCAGGUAUCCUUCACAGCUGAGGGGUGCAAUCGGAGGCAGAGGGGGUUAUGGCAGCGAUUCUGGUGUCAUGGGAAAAAGGAGCUAUUUAUGGCUUCUUUUUUGGGGGGGGGCGACACUCACAAGGUUCGCAGAGGGUUCACGCCGAGACAGAGACAAGGGCAGAUGGUGUCGUGUUGGAAGUGGGACACUACAUGGGACACGUCCAGGACAGCCUCCCUGUAUCAUAUAGAUGUAGUUACACGCUCUUGCUGCUAUCUAGACGUUCCCUUAGAUUCACUAUUGUAAAGCCCCCUUCUCGUAAAAAGUUUUAGUCGGGGUUGGGUCAUGGGGUUCUGAUGUGGAAGUGGCAUAUAUCAGAACAUAUAUCUGCUAAUUACUAAUAUAUCGAAUAUAUUGGAGCAUACUGUAUGUCAGCUACCAUACAUCAAAUACACUGAGUAUACCAAACAUUAAGAACACCUACCUAAUAUUGAGUUGCACCCCCUUUUGCCCUCAGAACAGCCUCAAUUCGUCAGGGCAUGAAGUCUACAAGGUUUCGAAAGCGUUCCACAGGGAUGCUGGCCCAUGUUGACUCCAAUGCUUCCCACAGUUGUGUCAAGUUGGCUGGAUGUCCUUUGGGUGGUGGACCAUUCUUGAUAUACAUGGGAAACUGUUGAGCGUGAAAAACCCAGCAGCGUUGCAGUUCUUGACACAAACCGGUGCGCCUGGCACCUAAUACCAUACCCUCUUCAAAGGCACUUAAAUAUUUUGUCUUGCCCAUUCAACCUCUGAAUGGCACACAUACACAAUCCAUGUCUCAAUUGUCUCAAGGCUUAAAAAUCCUUCUUUAACCUGUCUCCUCCCUUUCAUCUACACUGAUUGAAGUGGAUUUAACAAGUGACAUCAAUAAGGGAUCAUAGCUUUCACCUGGAUUCAUCUGGUCAGUCUAUGUCAUGGAAAGAGCACAUUAUAUCAAAUGUAGCAUCGGUUUUAUGCUGCAUAUAUUGCAUUGUGGGUAGACAACAGUAUCAUUCAACUGAUAGUAUCUGUAUUUAGAUACAGCCAGUGAGUGAGUCAGACAGAGGAACAGACUUGGAGUCAGUGAGUUGUGUUACGAGAGGGGCCUUACAACCGACGUGGCUCCUCUGGGCAUGAGUCCCGGUCCCUUGACCCUCUUUACGCACGGUGUCAAAACCUUGACCCCUGUGCCAAAACCUUGACCCCUGUGCCAUCUAUUAACUAGGCGAAACCCUCAGGCCCAAAAUAACCUCUUGACUCAAUCUAUUUGUGUUAAAUUACAGUUUAGUCACUUAGCAGACUCUCUUAUCCAGAGCGACUUACAGGAGCCUUGCUCAGAGGCACACUAACAGAUUUUUCAUCUAGUCGGCUUGAACCAGCUACCUUUUGGUUACUGGCCCAACACUCUUAACCGCUAGGCUACCUGCCUAGGUAAGGGAUUAAUGAGUAGGAAGUUAGCCAUAUUGGCAGACAAGAGGCACAGAGUUUUGAGUGGUGGUUAUAGCCGGCCUGCACAGAACAGUUUGUCCUAGUAUUCACGCAAAGCAUAUCUCUCUCUGUUCCAUUACCAAAGCAUAUCUCUCUCUGUUCCAUUACCAAAGCAUAUCUCUCUCUGUUCCAUUACCAAAGCAUAUCUCUCUCUGUUCCAUUACCAAAGCAUAUCUCUCUCUGUUCCAUUACCAAAGCAUAUCUCUCUCUGUUCCAUUGCCAAAGCAUUUAUCUCAAGAAACAAGUAACACUUAGGCCUCGCAUACACUUACUACCUAGAUUCAGUAUAUGUGGCCCAUGCCAUCCCACUAGGCACAAAAUGGUUGAAUCCACAUUGUUUCAACGUAAUUUGUCAACGUAUUGUGACGUGGAAUUUAUGUGGAAAAUACAUUAGAUUUGGAAAAAAGUUAAUCAACUUGUUUUGAGGGUAAAAUUUUAACCACGGGGGUUAUGUCAUCAUAGUAACCAUAGUAACCAAAUGUUAACAUAUUUUAAACUUUGUAUAAAAUAUGUUGAAUUUCUACCUUUAAAACAACGUCAGAUCUUCAACGUUAUAUCCAUUAUCAUAAAGGCAGCAGCACCUCCCACUGGAGAACUGAUCUAUCUACAGCUAUCCUUUGGUCUCCCAUCCAGGGUUUUAACCAAGCCCAGCUAUGAUAUUUACCACUGACUAUUACAAAUCUAUCAUGAGAGUAAUUGAGGAGCGAUCUCCACUUAAAACCUAAAUGGAUUUACUGUUGCUAUCGAGUCAUUCCAAAUGGUAGGUUUAACAGAGCAAAUGAAAUGUGACCAUACUUUAUCAUUCAUAUAUCAUCAAUGAUGCAAUUUAGAACUACAUUAUAUAGCAUUUGUCAUCAAUAGCUAUUGUUUCAAUUCAACCCAGGAUUCAACUAAAAAUAGACAAUACAUAUGCCUAGGGUUUCAAGCUUUGGUUGAUUUCAAAUUGAAUGAUAUUUAGUUAUAUUAAAUUGUGUUUCGUUGUCAACACAACCAAAUAUCAAUAUUUGAAGGAGAUGUAUCUUCUGCUUGGAUAGUUUCAUCAGUGCCACUGACUUAGUCUGGCUUUAAUUCCAGUUAUUCUAUAAAUUAAUAAUUGAUAUGUUGGAUUCAUGUCUCCAUCUCAACCAAAAGUCGAAGAAUAGGACUAAAUCAAAUCAAACUUUAUUUAAAGUGCAUUUACAGUUUGAUUUGAUUUCGUUGCGAUGGACACUUGAAUCCAACAAAUCAAUUAUUAAUUUAUAAAAAAAACUGGAAUUAAAGCCGACAGUGGCACAGAUGGAACUAUCCAAACUAUCCUUCAAAUGUUGAUAUUUGGUUGUGUUGACAACCAAACACAAUUCAUUAUCACUUUUGAAAUAUAAUAAAUAGCCUAUUAACAUGUCGACAAGUUAACUAAUUAUAAAUUGGAUUCACGUCUUCAAUUCAACCAAAAAUAAAAGUUCAAGAAUGGGAUUAAGCCAGUUGCUCAGAUGCAACUAUCCAAGCAGUAGGUACAUCUCCUUUAAAUGUUAAUAUUUGGUUCCGUUGUCAACCAAACACAAUUCAAUAUUACUUUUGUAAUACAGUAAAUCAUGCAUGUUCAAGAUAGUAUGCAUAGGUCAUCGCAGGUCUGUGGAGAUCUUCACAAUUGCUGUAAUAAUCUGUACAUAAUCUAGAACGGCAUUAAUCACUUGUAAUUUGUACUUUUACUGUGAUGUAAUCUUAACUGCAAUCCAGGUCAUUUGGUUCUGCUAUUAGAUGAAACACAGUGAUAAGUAACACAUGAAUAUGUUUUAUAAAUAAAUAAAAUAUCUGAAAUUGUAUUCCCAUUUGAACUUUGCUGUGCUUUUAAAUGGUUGAAUGUGCAGUGAUUGACAUUUGGGUGACAACUAAACCAAAAAUCCGAUAUUGUUUUUAAAUGGAAUUUGGUUGUGCUUUUAGAUGGUUGAAAGCAUAGUGAUAACACAUUGGAAAUUCAACUAACUUUUGGCUGUCGUUUUGAGUGGGUGAAUAUAGGUUGUAAUUUAAUUGAUCAACGUCUCAACCAAAUAUUACCCAAUUAUCCACACUGAAAUGACGUGGUGUGCCCAGUGGGAUGCGGGAAUCAAACCAACAACUCUGGUGUUGUACGAAGCACAACACUCCAACCAAACUGAAACAACUAAAGCAAUUUUAUCUUAACAUUGUUGUCUUCCUGGCCUGGUCACAGAUCUGUUUUUGUCUUACGAACUCCUAUGGUCACUGUCAUGCUGGGACAGCACAACCAGACCUGGGACCAGGCUAUAGUCUUCCUAAGGAAAAAUAUUAGCUCCAUUAAAUGUCUCAUAUCUCUUCUCCUGCCUGUGCAGAUCAUUGAGGCGGACUACAACGCUACAUGGGUGCAUCGGUAUGGAGAGCCCAUCCCCAACAGUACCCUCACAACCCUCUGGUCCCUGUCCGUAGCCAUCUUCUCUAUAGGAGGCAUGAUCUCCUCCUUCUGUGUGGGUGUCAUCUCAGAGUGGCUGGGCAGGUAGGAGAGAUGAUACACAGACACACAAACACACACAAACACACACACACACACACACACACACACACACACACACACACACACAUACACACACACACACACACACACACACACACACACACACACACACACACACACACACACAGACACACACACACACACACACACACACACAUACACACACACCACACACACACACACACACACACACACACACACACACACACACACCUGUAAACAUCAUAGCACAUUCAUUUUUUUGAUUUUGCAUAGAUGUAGGUGCAUAGACAGAUGUAUUCACUUACGCACAGACUUGUCUGCCAGACAUAGACCUACACACUGAUACACCCACAUAAUGCAUGGUUGUCAACACUGCAACACAUACACGUGUCAUGUACAUUCCCAUGUAUGUUCACAUGAACAUACCCUCCUAACCUUAACCCUUCAAAACCUGAACCUGAAUUUCCAUCCAGACGAUGCUAUUACGUGCAUAGGGGAGCAUAAAACAUCACUCUGAAUGGUUGAUACCUAAGUCACAGCCCCAGACCGAUAUAUUAUCAGGGUAUACCUCUCCUCUCCUAGAUCCAACAUGGUUCCCCAUAGAUAGUGUCAGUCAGUUUGAUCCAACAUGAUUCCCCAUAGAUAGUGUCAGUCAGUUAGAUCCAACAUGGUUCCCCAUAGAUAGUGUCAGUCAGUUAGAUCCAACAUGAUUCCCCAUAGAUAGUGUCAGUCAGUUAGAUCCAACAUGAUUCCCCAUAGAUAGUGUCAGUCAGUUAGAUCCAACUUGAUUCCCCAUAGAUAGUGUCAGUCAGUUAGAUCCAACAUGAUUCCCCAUAGAUAGUGUCAGUCAGUUAGAUCCAACAUGAUUCCCCAUAGAUAGUGUCAGUCAGUUAGAUCCAACAUGAUUCCCCAUAGAUAGUGUCAGUCAGUUAGAUCCAACAUGAUUCCCCAUAGAUAGUGUCAGUCAGUUAGAUCCAACAUGAUUCCCCAUAGAUAGUGUCAGUCAGUUAGAUCCAACAUGAUUCCCCAUAGAUAGUGUCAGUCAGUUAGAUCCAACAUGAUUCCCCAUAGAUAGUGUCAGUCAGUUAGAUCCAACUUGAUUCCCCAUAGAUAGUGUCAGUCAGUUAGAUCCAACAUGGUUCCCCAUAGAUAGUGUCAGUCAGUUAGAUCCAACAUGGUUCCCCAUAGAUAGUGUCAGUCAGUUAGAUCCAACAUGGUUCCCUAUGGAUAGUAUCAGUCGGUCAGUCAAAUCAAAUCAAAUCAAAUUUGAUUUGUCACAUGCUUCGUAAACAACAGGUGUAGACUAACAGUGAAAUACUUACUUACGGGCCCUUCCCGACAAUGCAGAGAGAAAGAUAUAGAAAAAACUGUGGGAGCGACUGUGUCAGUCAGAUCCAACAUGGUUCCCUAUGGAUAGUGUCAGUCAGUCAGUCAGUCAGUCAGUGGGAGAAAGUGUUACUGGGCAGGGUUCGUGUUACAGGGCAGGGGCUCGACUCAGUUUCCCAUUGUAACCCAAGCCAGAAUCUUAUCUGGACACAGACCCAGAGCCCUCCGUGAUUGAAAGGGGAUCCCAAAGGAAUGGACAGGGGGUGGGAGUAAGGAAGCCGGAGCCGGUCUUUUCUCAUACUGGGUGACAUUAAACUCUCUUGACGAGUUGAAUUGGUAAAACCUCACUUCUCAGCUUGAAAUAACACCACCCGUGCCAUCGAAUUGCUAGCUUUUCGGUGACGCAGCUGGCUAAAGGUGUUCGGUGGGCAGUCACUCGGUGGGCAGUCACUCGGUGGGCGGUCACGUGGGUUUGCGAGACCGAGGUUCCAAUAUUGAAUACCAGUGUGGGCUUGUGAGGAAUGAAGCUAUACUGUUGAGUAGCAGCAUGAAGUCUGUUACAUAACCUGUCUCUGUUUUAGCAGGUUUAACACACACACACACACACACACACACACACACACACGCUUGCAUGCUACUAGCGGUGCUCUCCGUCUUAAAUGCAUUUGUCACUUUUCAAUUGAAAUAAGUGUUGGCGUAUUACACAUUUACUGAGAUUCACUAGAUUCAAUUACUAGAUUACUAGAUUCAAUUACUAAAUUACUAGAUUACUAGAUUCACUAGAUUAAAUUACUAGAUUACUAGAUUCACUAGCUGUGACACUUUCUCCUAUGACAUUUUGUAACCUGGCUAUAUCAGACCAGAGGUAUUAUCUCUAUUUUGUGGUCUGCCAUCUAGAGGCUAAAUGAUGGAGUUGUCAAAUACCUAUUCUUGUACUGUCAAACAGCACACACAGUACUCACAAAUAUCCACUGUAUUUCUGCUAACCAACAACCAAUAACAUGAAAUGUACAUCAUAUUUACUUAUAUUAAACCAAUGAUAAUUCAUAUAUUUCUCUUUAUUCUGACAGGAGGAAAGCCAUGCUCAUUAACAACUUGUUUGCCUUCAUCGGAGGAGGUUUGAUGGGCAUGGCCAAGAUCAGCCGGUCCUUCGAGAUGAUGAUUCUGGGACGAUUCGUCAUCGGUGCAUACUGUGGUCAGCACAUCCUGCAGAUUGAGUUUCUCAGAAAUGUAUUUUGAUGUGGUUUAAUGCUGUUUGAAUGGCUUUUCAGUGGUGUAGUUGUAGACAGACUAUAUUGUUUUCUAUAAUUGUAGAUGAACAGUAUUGAUAUGGCAAUAACCAGUGAAAUAGUUAAUAGGAACCACUAUCACUGCUCAGUUUUCACCACACCUUGGCGUACCAGUUUCUGAAUCGGAGCCUCAUUCUCUUUCUCCCAGGGUUGGCAUCGGGGCUGGUGCCCAUGUAUGUGGGUGAGAUAGCCCCUACCAGUCUGCGAGGGGCAUUGGGCACGCUCCACCAGCUGGCUAUCGUCACAGGGAUUCUCAUAGCACAGGUACAGCUCUCAGACGACACAAUGGGUUUUUUCUACAGGCCAGAGAAUGGUUUUCUACACAACACAUCUAUCUGAACAUGCAUUAAAGUAGUAAACGUCUCUCUCUCUCUCUCUCUCUCUCUCUCUCUCUCUCUCUCUCUCUGUCUGUCUCUGUCUCUGUCUCUGUCUGUAUCUCUCUCUCUCUCUCUGUCUCUCUCUGUGUCUCUCUCUCUCUCUCUGUCUGUCUGUCUCUGUCCUUCCUUCCUUCACUCACUCACUCACUCACUCAUUCACUCACUCACUCACUCACUCACUCACUCACUCACUCACUCACUCACUCACUCACUCACUUUCCUGUCCUCUCCCCCUUUCUACCCCCUCCUCCCUUCUCCUCAGGUCCUGGGUUUGGAGUCUUUGCUGGGCAGUGAGGAGUUGUGGCCAGUGCUGGUGGGUGUGACCGUUCUGCCCACCGUCCUGCAGAUGGUGCUGCUGCCCUUCUGCCCCGAGAGCCCCCGCUUCCUCUACAUCAUCCGCAGCCAGGAGCACCACGCCAAGAGUGGUGAGGAUCCAGUCACGGCCAUGCCCCAAUACUCUCUAUUGGCCAUGCCCCAAUACUCUCUAAUGGCCAUGCCCCAAUACUAUCUAAUGGCCAUGCCCCAAUACUCUCUAAUGGCCAUGUACCAAUACUCUCUAAUGGCCAUGUACCAAUACUCUCUAAUGGCCAUGUACCAGUACUCUCUAAUGGCCAUGUACCAAUACUCUCUAAUGGCCAUGUACCAAUGCUCUCUAAUGGCCAUGCCCCAAUACUCUCUAUUGGCCAUGUACCAAUACUCUCUAAUGGCCAUGCCCCAAUACUAUCUAAUGGCCAUGUACCAAUACUCUCUAAUGGCCAUGCCCCAAUACUCUCUAAUGGCCAUGUACCAAUACUCUCUAAUGGCCAUGUACCAAUACUCUCUAAUGGCCAUGUACCAAUGCUCUCUAAUGGCCAUGUACCAAUACUCUCUAAUGGCCAUGUACCAAUACUCUCUAAUGGCCAUGUACCAAUACUCUCUAAUGGCCAUGUACCAAUACUCUCUAAUGGCCAUGUACCAAUACUCUCUAAUGGCCAUGCACCAAUUGUCUCUAAUGGCCAUGUACCAAUAGUCUCUAAUGGCCAUGUACCAAAACUAUCUAAUGGCCUCUUUUGCUUGUCUCCUUUCUUUGUCUCUUUUUCUUGCUGGAUGAAUGGAGAGGACUACAAGCAGAACAGGGUCAGGGUUUGAAUAACAGGGGGGCUAGGGAGUCUGGGCAACCCCAGAACAAGUCAGCCUCCCCCCACCACACACACACUCUGAAACCCAUCUGAAGUUCUAUUCUCAGCCUGACUCUCAUUCCCGCUCAUCCCUAGGCUUGAGGAGGCUGACUGGGAGGCAGGAUGUGGGGGAUAUGCUGGCGGAGAUGAAGGAGGAGAAGAGGAGGAUGGACAUGGAGAGGAAGGUGUCCAUCGCAGAGCUCUUCCGCUCCCCCAUGUACCGGCAGCCCAUCAUCAUCGCCAUCCUACUGCAGCUCUCACAACAGCUGUCCGGGGUCAAUGCUGUGAGUACUAGAGGAGGGAGGAGAGUGGGGAAGAUUGUGUGUGUGUGUGAGGAUCUUUGUCAAGGACUUUAUUGUGUGAUUGGGUGAUUGAACGCUGAGUUCCAUAUAGUUUCCAUCAUCCCACAGGCACCUGUUGCCACGGUGACUGAUAGCUAGAGGUUCUGGGAGAGACUGACCAGGCUUUCCUACUGUUUACAUCUGUUUACCUUCAACACAGAAAGCUGAUUGGCUGCAGAAGCCUUCACAACAUACCUCUGAGUUUACAAUAGUUAAACAUGGGCUGUAAUGCACCGUUACUUAGGUCGUAUCCUAUCAUAGAUAGAUAGGGUUGACAGUUUCUUCUCCAAAAAUGUUAUCAAUAUGUUACGUUAUUAAUAAAAAUAGUAUACCAAACAUUAAGAACAACUUCCUAAUAAUGAGUUGCACCCCCUUUUGCCCUCAGAACAGCCUCAAUUCGUCUGGGCAUGGACUCUACAAGGUGUCGAAAGCGUUCCACAGGGAUGCUGGCCCAUGUUGACUCCAAUGCUUCCCACCGUUGUGUCAAGUUGGCUGGAUGUCCUUUGGGUGGUGGACCAUUCUUGAUACAUACGGGAAACUGUUGAGCGUGAAAAACCCAGCAGCGUUGCAGUUCUUGACAAACUCAAACCGGUGCGCCUGGCACCUAGUACCAUACCCCGUUCAAAGGCACUUCAAUAUUUUGUCUUGCCCAUUCACCCUCUGAAUGGCACACAUACACCGUCCAUGUCUCAAUUGUCUCAAGGCUUAAAAUUCCUCCUUUAACCUGUCUCCUCAACUCCAUCUACACUGAUUGAAGUGGAUUUAACAAGUGACAUCAAUAAGGGAUCAUAGCUUUCAGUCCUUUCCUCCUCAUAGUCCUCUGUAGCUCAACUGGUAGAGCACGGCGCUUGUAACGCCAAGGUAGUGGGUUCGAUCCCCGGGACCACCCAUACACAAAAAUGUAUGCACGCAUGACUGUAAGUCGCUUUGGAUAAAAGCGUCUGCUAAAUGGCAUAUUAUAUUAUAUAUUAUACCUGGAUUCACCUGGUCAGUCUGUCAUGGUGUUCCUAAUGUUUUGUAUAGUCAGUGUACAUGGAGUGUUUACUGUUUUGUUUUAUUUCAACUAAACAAGACUGUGCAAAGCAGUUCCCCUCGGAGGACAUAGUUCUAUUCUACAAUAUUCUAUUCUAUACAUUAUGUUCUGGUCCAUUCUAUUCUAUUCUGAGACAUGGUAGAAUGGUUCAUUAAUAAAUGUCCCAAUGUGUAUUAUACACCUGGUUGAGUUUGUGUCAGGUUGUGUCUGUGACCUUGCUGUGUUGAGUCUCCAGAUAAGCUGUGUUUUGUCCAAAUAAAGCAAAAAAAAGGGAAAGUGUGUGUGUUCAAGCUAAUCCACAGGCAAUCCUCUUUGGCCAUUUUCACAAUUGUAAUCAUUGUUAGAAUGGGCAAUUCCACCGUUACACAAACCAUACAAACAUACAUAUGUUCCUUGACCAACCAUCUUCUAUCUCUCUCCUCUCCAGAUCUUCUACUACUCCACCAGUAUCUUCCAGAAGGCAGGGGUCCAGAGCCCUGUCUAUGCCACUAUAGGAGCCGGCGUGGUUAACUGUGCCUUCACUGUGGUCUCGGUAUGCUAGCAAGGUCCUGUAACCAGGCACCUCCAUUACUGUUUAACUCUACACCUUUAUUACUGAACAAAGAAGAUAACGUAGUGAGUCGACCCAACCUAGUAUUUCCCCUUCAAAUAGGCCAGAUUUGGGUUGCCAGGUCCUGAUUUGUUUUUUGAAUUAUUGAUUGGGUUGACGGUUGAUCUUUGAUUUUAAAAUGCUAACUUCUCUAGUUAAGCCAUCACUUUUGUGUUUGCAUCCUGUAGAAAGCUCCUACAUAAAAUAGUAUUUAUCUAUGUCCAAAUCAGAUUGGAGAAUGGCUUAGGCAAACGCCAGUUGGAAAGUUUAGGCAGAAUCGGCUGCAAAGUUUUGCCUGAGUUAAAAAUGAGCGAGUAUGACCCGGACCUGUUGUUACUGACCUGUUUGUCACCCUGUUCUCAUCCAAUCAACAGCUAUUCCUGGUGGAGAGGACGGGUCGCCGGACGCUACACAUGCUGGGGCUGUCUGGAAUGUGCGGCUGUGCCGUUGUCAUGACGAUGGCUCUCGCCCUAUUGGUCAGUCCCACACGAAUACCAACAAGCUCAUUAAACUAUUAAAAUGUUAUCAUAAUGCCAACUUUGGUGGACUGGGAUCAUGUACCCAUAGAGAUAAAAUUACUACACUGAACAAAAAUAUAAACGCAACAUGUAAAGUGUUGGUCCUUGUGCUGGGGACAAUAAAAGGCCAAUCUAAAAUGUGCAGUUUUGUCACACAACACAAUGCCACAGAUGUCUCAUGUUUUUGAGGGAGCGCGCAAUUGGCAUACUGACUGCAGGAAUGUCCACCAGAGCUGUUGUCAGAGAAUUGAAUGUUAAUUUCUCUACCAUAAGCCGCCUCCAACGCCAUUUUAGAGAAUUUGGCAGUAUGUCCAACCGGCCUCACAACCGCAGAUCACGUGUAUGGCGUUGUGUGGGCGAGCGGUUUGCUGAUGUCAACGUUGUGAACAGUGUGCCCCAUGGUGGCAAUGGGGUUAUGGUAUGGGCAGGCAUAAGCUACGGACAACAAACACAAUUGCAUUUUAUCGAUGGCAAUUUGAAUGCGACGAGAUCCUGAGGACCAUUGUAAUGCCAUUUAUCCACCGCCAUCACCUCAUGUUUCAGCAUGAUAAUGCACGGCGCCAUGUCGCAAGGAUCUGUACACAUCUCUGUUCUUCCAUGGCCUGCAUACUCACCAGACAUGUCACCCAUUGAGCAUGUUUGGAAUGCUCUGGAUCAACGUGUACGACAGCGUGUUCCAGUUCCCUCCAAUAUCCAGCAACUUCACACAGCCAUUGAAGAGGAGUGUGACAACAUUCCACAGGCCACAAUCAACAGCCUGAUCAACUCUAUGCUACAGAGAUGUCGCGGUGCAUGAGGCAAAUGGUGGUCAUAACAGAUACUGACUUGUUUUCUGAUCCAUGCACCUAGAUUUUUUUUCCUUAUAUGAACUGUAACUCAGUAAAAUCUUUGAAUGAAUUGCAUGUUGCGUUUAUAUUUUUGUUCAGUAUAGAAGGGGUCCCCCAUUCAAGUCAAUGAGGCCAUAAUGGGUGAUAUGGCUAUUUCUAUGCAUGUACCACAGGUAGCUGGUGGCACCUCAGUUGGGGAGGACGGGCUCAUAGUAAUGGCUGGAAUGGAAUGGUAUUGACACAUCAAACACAUGGUUUUUGAUACCAUUCCAUUCAAGUCAUUUAUGAGCAGUCCUCCACUCACCAGCCAUGUACCUCUCUCUGGCUAAACCGUCUCCUCCUUUCCCUUGGCAGGACAGUGUUCCCUGGAUGAGCUACAUCAGCAUGCUGGCCAUCUUUGGCUUCGUGGCCUUCUUCGAGGUGGGCCCAGGCCCCAUCCCCUGGUUCUUUGUGGCUGAGCUCUUCUCCCAGGGCCCCAGGCCCGCUGCUAUGGCCGUGGCCGGAUUCGCCAACUGGACAGCUAACUUCAUUAUCGGCUUUGGCUUCCAAUAUGUCGCUGUAAGUAGAGUGGUCACUUUGGUGUUUUGGGGUAUUUUGGGAUGACUUUUGAUUGUAUGAUACCGGAUAUUGAUCAGUGAAGUGGAUUGGAUGGUGUCUGACUGAGUUGAACUGUUGAGUGAAUUAAUGUUUUUCAUGAUACAUCAGUGAACAUAUUCCCUCCUCUCCCGCUCCACAGGAGCUUUGUGGGCCAUAUGUCUUCCUCAUCUUCGCCGCUCUCCUGCUCUUCUUCCUCAUCUUCACCUUCUUCCGGGUGCCGGAAACGCGGGGGAAGACGUUCGACCAGAUCUCCACCGCCUUCAGCCAACACUCGCCCACCAUGAUGGAUAUGAACCUGGACAUGGAGCUGGGCAAACCCAGCACAGAGCUGGACUACCUGGGGGAGGAGGGGAGCCUCAACUGA